AUAAUAAGCGCCGACGUCACGCUCGCUCCUCCCCGCGCGUCCCCGAUCAGCCUCCAGCAGUUCCACGAUCCGUCCGGUUGCUGAAAGUCUCCGCGUUUCAUCCGUUUCCAGUCGCUUAAACCCGGCCAGACCGCGCGUACACGAGCGGAACCCGAUGGCUUCGACGACUUCUGACGGUUCCGAGCAAGAGUCGCCGAACCCGAGCGAACAAAACGGCGACGGGAGCGAGUCGGGCCUGCGCGCCGCCGAUCCGGAACCGGCCGUUAAGAUGGACGGAGCGGAGACGGACGAGAAGCUCAACGGACACGAGUCUACUGAACAAAGCCCGGAGGAAGCCACGCGGGCAGACGGCGGCAACGACGAGGAUGGCGAGACGGAAGCGGAGCCGGAGAAAGAGCAGCAGAAGAGCCCCGGCAGUGCGGACGGGACGGCGGAGCGGAUGAAAAGAGAACAAAGGGAGGAGGAAAACGCGUCCUCACCGGUGGAGAAAAACAGCAACGGCGGCGGCGGAAUGAAGAGGCGCGCGAGUCUGGAGAUGAUGAGCUCAUCGUCGGACGGAGAGCCUCUCAGCCGCAUGGACUCGGAGGACAGUAUCAGCAGUACUCUCAUGGACAUGGAGAGCAUCGCAUCCAGCGGUCGCUCUACGCCAGCUAUGAUGAACGGUCACGGUGGGGUGUCUUCCUCCUCCACUAAGGGCUCAUCUUACCCCUGCUGCUGGGAUCAGUGCCACAUGCUGUUCAACACCAGCCCGGACCUGGCUGAGCACAUCCGCGGGGUGCACGUGGACGGACAGCGCGGCGGGGUUUUCGUGUGUCUUUGGAAAGGCUGUAAGGUGUAUAACACACCAUCCACGAGUCAAAGCUGGCUUCAGAGACACAUGCUGUCACACAGUGGAGACAAACCAUUCAAGUGUGUAGUGGGCGGUUGCAAUGCCACCUUCGCCUCCCAGGGGGGGUUAGCGCGCCACGUGCCAACCCACUUCAGCUCCCAGAAUUCCUCCAAACUCUCUAGCCAAACCAAGGUGAAGGAAGAGUCGCCUUCCAAAGCAGGCAUCAACAAACGGAGGAAACUCAAGUACAAACGGCGACGGUCGUUGCGUGAGUCGCGGCCUCAUGACUUUUUUGACGCUCAGACCAUGGAUGCAAUCCGUCAUCGCGCCAUCUGCCUCAAUCUAGCGACCCAUAUUGAGAGCCAGGGCAAGGGUCACAGCGUUGUGUUUCACAGUACGGUGAUCGCCAGGCGGAAGGAGGAUUCUGGGAAGGUGAAGGUGCUGCUUCAUUGGAUGCCGGAGGACAUACUUCCAGACGCUUGGGUCAGCGAGAGUGACCGUCCCCAGCUGAAGACCAAAGUGGUCCAUCUCUCCCAGCUUCCUCAGGACACAGCAGUGCUGUUGGACCCCAACAUCUACAGGUUUGCAGCUAAUGCUGGUUCCAGCCCAUAUAAACCUCGUGUUUCUCACACAGGACUGUUGUUUAUGAGCAGUGAGGAGGCCAGGGGCAUCUGGGAGUCGUUUUAUUGGGGCAGAUUUGCAAGCGUUGACGUGUAGGCCGUCUGCCAGGACCUUUAGCUCAGCGUCAGACGCGCACACAUGCCCUCUGAAUAUGCCUGCUGGUUUAGACGAGGACUGCCAUGGACACCUGACCGUCUGCUUUUGAGUUUGCAUAAAAUUCUUCUCUCGGUUUGGGUUUUCCAUCAUGCUACAUUAACUUGCGCCUUCAUUUGUGUUGAGUUUGCUUAUGUUUUCUGUUUUCAAUCGAUUCAUGCUGCAUUUUUUUGGUGUAGCUGUAGUCAGCGUUUCGCAUUGAAUAUAAUCAAACGUGUAGUUUGUGUUUGGGUCUGUGUUUGACUUUCCAAAUGAGUUUUUAGUCUAACGUACCACUGAGUAACAAGCGCGUCUUAAUUGCGAGUAAUACACAACAGCUGCGGCCUGUCAGCGCGCGUACAAUGGGACUGUUUGUCCUAAAGAAACUAUAUAAUCAGAGCUGCACAUGACUCCUGUGGUUUAUUUUAUUUAUUUUUUUGAGAACUACUGAAAAUACACCUUGCCUAAAUGUGCUAAACCACCAAGAGAAUAAAGGUGAAUAAUUUAAAAAAAAAAAAACCCACAAAUUAAUGACAUUUUUAUACUUCUAAGCAUAUUUAUUUACCUUUUAAGAAUGUUUUCUCUAAACUAAGUAACUGCAAAUUCAUGCAAAAAUUAAUUGGGUGUGUUGGAUGACAUCUCACAGAAUGCUCUUAUUAUUUAACAGAUAUUUUAAAAUGAUUUACAAUUUUUAAAGUGCCCCUAAUAUGCUUUUUCAAAUUAACUUUCAUGUAGUGUAACUGUCUGUGAAUGUAAAAGGUCUGCAAAGUUUUAAAGAUCAAAGUGCACAAAUAAAGUUGUCUCCUAAAAGAAAGAAUUGACUCUGAACUGCUGAUGCGAUUCGUCAUCAGUUGACCAUAUGCACUUCCUGGUUUUUGUUAAGCCAGCUUGGGCGUUUCCAGUGAACUGUUAGCUGUCAUUCUGUACUCGCUGUACAUCGACACAAAACCAUCAAUGGUAGACUUUUUAAUGUUGUAUUUAUAUUUUAAUGCAGUUAUCACACUUACCUAAUUUGCCAAUAAACCAGUUUUAUUGAUUGCAAUAAAGAUGAAGCUAAUGGGAAUGUUUGAAUAAGAAACGUGGUGUCUGUAAUUAGAAACGGACAAACAUUUUUCCUGCAAUUCAAAUGUUAUUUUUAAUGUGAUGAACAAAAACAUUAUUUGUUCAUCCUUCUGAGAUUGUAAAACCAAACAUUUUAAGAUGUAGGAAAUCCAACAUUUGACAAACACUUUUUCAAUAAAAGACAUUCAUUACCACUAUAACCAGCAGAUGGUGGCAGAGGAGCAUUUAUUGGCUCAUAUUAGUCAUUUCCUGUAAUAGUUUUUCACUCAGUAUCGCUUUUGAAUAAAUAUUAAACAUAAUAAAAUCACUAGGUUUAAAAAUACUUUUUGUCAAGGUGAAGUAUGAAGUACUCACAAUCUCAUGAAAAACAAUAACUUUUCUUGUGAAUGAAUUACACAGAAAGUGACAUAUGGUAAUAGGCGUUUUGUUUCGGACAAGCGUCGUUAGCGGUAGACCAAUCACAACAGACUGGGCCAUCUGACCAAUCAGAGCAGAGGAAGCUCUUGGAAAGGUGGGGUUUAGAGAGUCUGAAUCCUUUAUCGAACCGUUUCAGACACUGAGAAAAGAGGUCAUUCUGCAGUGUAUAUUAUGAGAAAAUUUUUGUUUUGACUUUGAAUGAGUGUAAACCUACUGUAGACUCCAGAACAAAAUUAGGAAUCUGUAAAAUGGCAAAAUAGGGGCACUUUAAGCUGCUAUUUUGGUUAAAUUCACGUUUUCCAAACCCUUUUGCUUUCCAGUUCUAUGGCAAACUAAAUUUCCCUUCACUCCUCAAAAGAAGGAACUCACUGUUGUAAAUAUAAAAUGUUCAAUCAGCAUGAUUUUUAUUUAUUGCCCUCCAUCCCAUGUUUUUUCCUUUUCAUUUCUGCUCUAUGUAAAUUUUAAUAAUGCCUCAAAUCCGUAGUGUAUGUUAAUUUGUCUGCAAAGCAAGAUGUAAAUAGGUAAGAUGUUUUAACAUUGCAUGCAUCACAAUUUAAUUAUUUGCACUAAAGAACGUCUAUGGAAACUCAUAUUUCCUGAAGGAAAGUUUAACUGCUGGAUGACUCAAACACUGAUUUCAGUACACAAUUUUGAAUAUUCCAGGUGCUUCUAGACAGAAAGAAGUUAAGAUAUUUAGUAUUAACAUGUUUGAAUUGGAUUUACAGUUACAGUGAAAAUUCAAAAUGUUGUUCUUGUGGUGUUUGCAAUAUUCAGAUAUUACUUUAAUUUCAGUGACUCUCCAUGGCUUUACUGAUUAUUAUGAUGAACAAAAGCCUCAAAAAUCAAACCGUUUACAUUAUAUUUGGGCUGUGGCGGCUUACCGGAAUAUUUUCCAUCAGAUUGCACAUAUAGUUGCUGUGUUUAUUAUAGUAUGGUUGUAUUCAGACACUCCUCUUCCAGGUCCCGAAGCAUCCGACUCCUUUGUUUUCACGCUGUUAUGCCAUUAGUGCUAAUGUUCUCUCUCCAGGGCCUUUGAAGAGAAGGUAAGCAAGUGACCUAAAUCUGUUUGUAGCACAACCGAGAGCAUAUUUCACUCCAGCUCUGAUUCUGCGGUACAGUUAAGGGUCCAUUUACAUCCAUUCCCUCGCACGCUCUCCCCUGACGAGCCUCCUGCGUGUUUCUCACGGCUGACGUGCUUGUGUGGGUCUUAUUGAAGCCGUUGGGAGGGAUGAAAAGAGAAAUAUCAUAUCCAAUAACUAAUGGACACUGAGAAAGAGUGCACUCUUCUUGUAGUAACAGGCUUACUCUCGUUCUCAGCUUCCAGCUCUGUUCCAAAACACCUUUUCUAGUUUACACCCUACAUGGGUAGCUACCUUUUAAGGCAACAUCCUAAAUGAACCUUAGAAGCGACCUGAUUUGGAGCACUACAUCUCCAUGUGCCACAAAAAAAUGGUGUCAUUUCAGGUAACACUUUAUUUUAUGGCGUACUUGUUGCAUGUGGUGUUGCAAUAACAGUAAAUUAGGCUUAAUUGCAUGCAACUAACCGUAAUCCAAACCUAUUUCAAUUACCGAAACAAUUAUAACACUGCUCCUUUUGGGAAGUGCUUUGGAGACUUUGAUGUUAGCAUGUUUCUAAGCAUAAAAAUACAUAGUACACACACAAAUGUUAACUUUGAUACUUUUCAGUAGCACACCUUUGCCUUAAAAUGCCAUUUAGGUAGUCGACACAGUAGGUUUCGGAUCAUAGCUUAUGUUUUUCUCUUGGUCUCACACCAUCGCUUCAGACCCGUGUUCCCUCAGCAUCCGACUCCAUUUGUUAAUGCUGGUUUUCCACCAUAUCAUCACACUGGAGACAGUUUUAGGGCUUUGAUUUAGUUCGGUUAAAUGAAACCAGUUGGUGACUGGAUUCUUUAACUGUCCGCAAUCAGGAUGUAGCUAUAUUUUGACUUUUCUUCCCAUUGACAGAUUAAUACAUCAGAGUUCAAGAGUGCCAUUUUCAAGAACGUUACGUACAGCCACACUUGUGGAGUAACAGAAUACUUGGACCGGUGUUACAUAAUCAGCAGGAUAGGAAAAGGUAUCAAUAUUCCCUUACAGUUACAUAAAUAUGUAAUCAUCCUGCCAGAUUUUGUAGAAAUGGCGGUUACUAGCAGGUUUCCAUUCUUACUUAUUUUAGGGAUCAUAGACAAAAUAAGCCACCAUUUAGAGUAACACUGAUUACUAUAUAUAUAUAUAUAUAUGUAUAUAUAAUAUAAGUGUGUGUAUGUGUGUAUAUGUGUGUGACCCUGGACCACAAAACCAGUCAUAAGUUGUUCGCGUAUAUUUGUAGCAAUAGCCAACAAUACAUUGCAUGGGUCAAAAUUAUUGAUUUUUCUUUUAUGGCAAAAAUCAUUAGGAUAUUAAGUAAAGAUCAUGUUCCAUGAAGAUAUUUAGUAAAUUUCCUACCAUAAAUGUAUCAAAAAUUAAUUUUUGUGAGUGGAUAUGCAUUGCUAAGGGCUUCAUUUGGACAACUUUAAAGGCGAUUUUCUCAAUAUUUUGAUUUUUUUUUUUUUUUUUUGCACCCCCAGAUUCCAGAUUUUCAAAUAGUUUUAUCUUAAAUAUAUAAAAUAUUGUCCUAUCCUAACAAACCAUACAUCAAUGGAAAGUUUAUUUAUUCAGCUUUCAGAUGAUGUAUAAAUCUCAAUUUCAAAAAAUGGACCCUUGUGACCAGGGUCUUUAUAUAGGAUUUACAGUAACUCAUACAAUAGAAAUAACUGGGUCUUUACAAGACAAAAUGUGGGGCAUGAUUUAAUGAGUUUUAAUAUUUACCUCCUGACCCUUUGUAUUUCUAAUGUUACUGUAAAUUAAACUUGCUAUUUAAAAAAAAAAAAUAAGGUUGUUCCAUUUUGCAUACAUGAAUACAUGAUCAUUUGUAGUGUACGGUAAGUAGUGUGAGUACUGUUAAAACUUGAGCAGUAAAACUGUUUAAAUCAUUUUUAGAGUCGUUUUAGGGUUUUAUUGCAUAUGAUGUUGUGUUGUCAUUGUGACAAAGUUGUAAAACUGGAUAUAACUUUACACAGAACAGGUUAGAAAAGUGAUAUUUACACUAAAAGCAUGUCAACACACAUUGACAUUAGUUUUCAGAUUGGCUCCAUUCACUUCUAUUGCAAAUGUCUCACCGUUACCCAGAUUUUUGGUAGGGAGGGACGAGUGGAAAUCAGUUUUUGUGGUAAUAAACAUUAUCCACAAAUGCUGCAGAUUGAUGCUAACUUGUACUGAACCUGGACUAAUCUAGUCCAUCUAGUUGACAUCGUUUUUCUAAUGUCUUGAAUUAAGGCUGUGAGUUCAUCCCGAAGUAAUUUCAUAUUGUGAUAUUUGGAUUAGGUUACUGAUUUAUUCUUAAUAAACAGCCAUUUCUACUGGAAUACAUUUUUAAUGUAACCGUCCCAUCUUUGCGUGCAGCAGAUCGGGUGACCAGUGCGUGGCCGCCGCUAUUUUUAGCGUCUGACUAACUUGGUGUCUUUGCCAGACACAUGGCACCAACACUGUUUGUUUUAUUGUGUGACAGUGUAAAGGCAGCUUGGGAUCGGCUCGUGUUUUCCCUCCCUCUGUCCCUGAAAGCGUCACCGCUGCGAUUUAUGAACCUCUCUCUGCGAGUCAGAUGGAGAUACAGCCCUGCAUCUUAUCAACAGAAUUGAAUCUGAUUGUUCAACGCCGCAGCGAAUUGUUGUUUUGGAUGCAUUUCUAAUCUUUGUGUGUGUGUGUGUGUGUGUGUGUGUGUCAUUGUUUUAAACGGGCCCGUCCAAGAACAUCAUGUAAAACACUGAGUGAUUUACGAAACGAGCAGGCCUUUUUCUUCGUGAGCUGCUGUACAUUUUUCAAACGUGCAUAAACAAACCUGGAUUUUGCUCUCUGUAUGUGGAGCGAAAACAAACAAGCGUCGGCCCUCAGAUGAGGAAGUGAUACUCUCAUUCUUGGCUUAAGAAGAAGAAGAGUAUAUUCCAUUGGGAAAGACCAUUGAUAACAGUUCUGUGUCUGAUACUCCAGGCGUGAUAGUCAAGUGACAUCCAGAGAUUAGUAAAGGGGGGCAUGUGCGUCAUUGUGCGGCUGUUGCAGGUUGCUGAAACACCCCAUGGCUGCCUCAUUUCUGGACCGGGUAAAUUAUAGCUGUCUUCCCCUAAUUAGAACAAGAGAGGCUGACUCUCAGGAGGACCGCAGCGGCCGUGAUGACAUCACGCUUUUCCCACAAAUCCCAGAGGCAGCUCUGUGCUCAGACCGUUGAGCUGUAAAGAUUGAGUUGUAGAUUCACAUUCGGUGUUUAUUUAGAGCACAUGGCAAGCCACCAAAGAUUUGUGAGAUUUAUUGCUGUUUUGUAAUUGGUACACCAAGUUCUUUCAGUACGGGACAAUCAGGUGAAAGAAAAGGCAUUACAAACUAAACCAAUAACAUGCGCUUGGAGAAAAGAUAUAUGGCUUGUGCGUAGGAGGUGCGUAUUAACCGUUUUGGUGAAGGAUGUUUCAAUUCGAGAUAGAUUUGAUGUCUAUAUGAUCUUUUUUAAACGCUCUAACACUUGUUAUAGCAGAUUAACCCUUUUAGCUUUCUUGUUUUAGAGUGGGCACGAUAAAUCGGUAGUUUUCAGUGCAGUUUUAGUCGAGCAACAUCUGUUAUGACUUAUGAUUACAGUUUAGAAACCACCUUUAUAAGACCAUUAACCCGUACGUGAUGCAGUAACUUCAGCGUCCUCUGUGUUGCAUUUGUUCUGUCAAUGAAUGUUUUCAGCAUUUCUCAAUGUCAUCAUCAGUUCAAGAGCCUCCAGCAUGAAGCUCGUUAGGCAGGACAGAAUUCUUGCUCCGGUUUUAAUGGAGUGAGUCUCACAGCACAUCAUACACCCAUGAGAAAUAUACUUCAUUAAUGCAAUUAUAUUGUCAUUUUAUUAAUAUAAUUUGUUUUCAUGCACUGCAAUAUACAGUGAGGUCCAAAAGAGAUGAGCAAUAGCAAUUAUUCAUGUUAUGCUUUGUUAUAUGUUAUACGUUGUUAUAGUUUAUGUUUUGUUAUAUUUUGUUAUAUGUUUUGUUGUUUUGUGUUGUUUUAUGUUAUGUUUUACGUUGUUAUACGUUGUUUUGUUUAUGUUAUGUUAUAUGUUAUGUGUUAUGUUUUAUAUUAUGUUAUAUGUUAUGUUUUGUUAUGUUGUUUUGUGUUAUGUUUUGUUAUGUUUUACGUUGUUAUACGUUGUUUUGUUAUGUUGUUGUGUUAUGUUUUUUGUUAUAUGUUGUUUUGUUAUGUUUUACAUUGUUAUAUGUUGUUAUGUUAUACGUUAUGUUUUGUUAUGUGUUAUGUUUUACAUUGUUUUAUGUUUUGUUAUUUUAUGUUGUUAUAUGUUGUGUUUUAUGUUGUUAUACAUUGUUUUAUGUUAUGUUAUAUGUUAUGUGGUGUUAUGUUAUACGCUGUUAUACGUUGUUUUUUUUUUCGUUUUAUGUUGUUAUAUAUUAUGUUUUAUGUUAUGUUUUUUCAUGUUAUAACAAUGUAAAACAACAUAAAACAACAUAUAACAUAAAACAUAACAUAUAACGUAAAACGUUAUGUUUUAUGUUAUACGUUAUGUUUUGUUAUAUAUGUUUUGUUUUUUUACGUUAUACGUUGUUUUGUUAUUUUAUGUUAUAUAAUGUUUUGUUGUUAUACGUUGUUUUGUUAUUUUAUUUUGUUAUUUUGUUUUGUUAUGUUGUUAUGCGUUAUGUUUUAUAUUACGUUUUAUGUUGUUAUGUUUUAUUUUAUGUUAUUUGUUUUAUGUUAUGUUAUGCGUUAUGUUGUACGUUAUGUUGUAUGGGUUAUGUUAAACGUUGUUUUUUCAUUUUAUGUUAUGUGUUAUGUUAUGUUAUGUUAUAUGUUAUACUUUAUGUUAUACAAUGGGUUUUAUGUUAUGUUUGUUUAUGUUGUUUGUUAUAUAUGUAUGUUAUACAUGUUAUGUUAUAUAUGUUUAUGUUAUGUGCUUUAAUGGAAAAAUAAUUUACGUUUGAUAACUGACCUAUCAAUAGUGCUGAAUCUUAAAUAGCUCUUAGUAAUUUUAAAUCAUAAUGUUUCUUUAUUUUAAAAUGUUCAAAAUCUUUACUUUAUUUAUUGGUUUAUGAUAUAGUCAUUUUCUUUGUGGCCUCAGACUUUUGGCCCCAACUGUAUAUUAAUUAUAAAAAUUAUAUGAUGCUUGUUUUGAA